UUUUAAAGACAGCGAACUCAUUUACAGGCAGGAAAAGCGAACGAACAUGGGUGAGAAACCGCCGCCACCAUACCCCGAUCAACAACCGCCUGUUUCGGCGUAUCCACAGCCUGGAUAUAACCCGACACAACCUGGUUAUCCACCUCAGCAACAUGGUUAUCAACCGGCCGUCGCUGGUUAUCCGACUCAGCCAGGUUAUCCCGCGACAUCCACUACUACCACGAUUAUUCAACAGCCGGCCACACAGAUACUCGCCAUUAACUUCGGUGAAGUCCCAGUAGCCAUGACUUGCCCGAACUGCCGAGCAAACAUUGUUACAGCGACUACCUUUGUUACUGGGACUUUAACAUGGCUCGCUUGCCUGGGGUUGUGUGUUAUUGGAUGUGAUGCUGGUUGCUGUUUGAUUCCAUUUUGCUUUGAUCCUUUGAAAGAUGUCAUUCAUACAUGUCCCUCGUGUGUAACACAAGUUGGGGUGUUUCGCCGAAUGUGACGGGCAGAUGUUCAGCAUUCCAAGACUCCUCACUGAAGACCUUUUAACUAAAAUAGAUUAGACUUAAGUCAAAAACGCUGCUUAACUUUUGGAGACAAGCUCUUCACGCUUGUCUUUUUAUUGAUUUAUCGCAGACAAGAUGAGAAGAAACAACUGAUUUGUUAGGUCUACAUAUGGUCAUUUAACUUCCAUCAAAACGUUGAUUUCAUUUUGUAGAACCCAAGUUUCUGUAGUUAGUAAUAACGCUAGAAAUUCUUGUGAAUUCAUCAGCUAACUUUCAUCAUCAACAGUGUAACAAAAAGCCACAAAAAUUGUCCAAGCUGCUGCUGUAUCACAAAGACAAAUCAAGUCGUCGAGAGUAAUCAAUUUUGACGCUUACAGGUUUUAGUUUUGUCGAAGUCAGCUACACUUGAGUAAAAUCCAACAUAUUUCGAUUCGAUUCGCCAAUAGCUAACGAACAUGCCUCAACGGAUUAGCUAUUUAUUAUAAAAAAUCAGGUGCAAUUUUAAAAAAAAUUCAUGCGUAAGAUAGAUGUUUUAAAACCGUUUCAUGAAAGCCAUGAUUAAAAACAAAUUUUUGUCUCUCUA